AUGUUGAGAGUGUGUCCUGCUCCAUCUGGGCUCUCACGGUUUUCCCUUCAGCUAAAGAUUCGGGCUCAGAGGUCACACCUGCUCCACUGCUUCGGCUCCCACUCCUCAGCUGUUGUGGAGCUUGAGGAGCAGCUGAGUCGUCUGCAGAGGGAGAAGAACGACAUCCAGUCCAGGAUGGAGGAGGACCAGGAAGAUCUGAACGAGCUCAUGAAGAAGCACAAGGCUGCAGUGGCUCAGUCGGCUCAGAACCUAAACCAGAUCAGUGACCUGCAGGCUCAGCUGGAGGACGCUCUGAAAGAGAAGCAGGAGGUGCAGGAGAAGAUGCAGGCGCUGCAGAGCCAGCUGGACUUCCAGGAGGCGUCUAUGGUCGAGAAGUCUCUAGUGAGUCGACAAGAGGCCAAGAUCCGAGAGCUGGAGACCAAGCUGGAGUUCGAGAGGACGCAGGUCAAACGGCUCGAGUUUGCUCUAGUCUUCAUAAAGGGAAGAGAGGAGAGGGGAGUGAGUUUGGAGUAG